ACUAGAUGACAAUAAUGAUAUGAGAUAACUGAACACUGUAUCGUUACUUAACAGAAUUUUGUCUGUCGCAAGCGGUUGAGUCCCGAUAAAGUUUCAUAUUUCCAAUUUGCUAACCUCACACUCGUCGCCACGUCUAAGUAAAGUAUUUUAUUAACACUCAGUGUCCCUCUGUGAGGCGAGAAAGCGACGGGAGCCAGUGGAAGAAGAAUUGCUUUUAGCCAGUCAUUGCCAUGGCCUCCGAAAGCGGCGAUAGCAACAUGGAUAGAGAAAUGAUUCUGGCCGACUUUCAGGCUUGCACUGGAAUUGACAACAUUGCAGAGGCAAUCACUCUGUUAGAGCUUAAUAACUGGGAUUUAGUGGCCGCCAUCAAUGGAGUGAUACCACAGGAGAAUGGGAUCCUACAAAGUAACUUUUCCAGUGAGGCGAGCCAGGCGAGCAUGUACGGACCUCCUAGCCAAUCAGAAGCAGCCGAUGCAGCAGCAGGAGGUGCAGUUCCUAUCCCCUCCUCUUCAUCUUCGUCCUCCUCUCCUCCAUCGUCCUUGGCUUCAGCUUCUUGUCCCAGCAACUCCUCCUCCCGACACAUUGUUGAGCGUCAGCCCCGCAUGCUCAACUUCAGGGUUGAGUACCGGCAGCGCUCCGUAGAGCUGGUACUGGAGGAAGGCAGCACAGUCGGAGAAAUCAAACAAAUCCUCGAGACAGAGCUUGCUGUUCCAGUGUCCAAAAUGCAGCUGAAGGGAUGGAAGAGUGGAGAUGUUUCUGAUAGUACGGUGCUGAGAAGUUUACACCUGCCCAAGAACAACAGCCUAUAUGUCCUGACCCCAGACAUCGCACCUACUGCCAGCACCAGCAAAAACAGUGCUCUCCAAGAGUCGUUAAACCAGAACUUCCUGCUGGUCAUCAGCCAUCGCGAGGCCCAGAGGGACUACAGUCUCAACUUCCCCGGCUCCAGAACCAUACAGGAGGUGAAGAGAAAUAUUUCAGACUUGACCAACAUCCCAGUCCGUCAUCAACAGUGGGAGGGAUGGCCCGCGUCAGCAUCUGAUGACUCUAUGACGCUAGCUGUCUCUGGUAUCAGCUAUCCUUGCCAUCACCUCAGUGUUUGUCGACGGUCCACCCCAGCCAAUUCACAGGAGCCCACAGAAGAGUGUGCAGAUGUCCAUAUGGUCAGCGACAGUGAGGGGGAUGAUUUUGAGGAUGCGUCAGAGUUUGGUGUGGACGAUUCAGAGAUGUUUGGAAUGGGCUCCUCUACCUGUCGGAAAUCCCCUAUGAUGCCAGAGAAUAGUGAGAAUGAAGCUGAUGCCUUACUGCACUUUACUGCCGAAUUUUCUUCAAGGUAUGGAGAGACCCACCCAAUGUUCUUCAUUGGGACUUUGGAGGCAGCGUCUCAAGAAGCCUUCUAUGGCAAAGCCAGAGAUAGAAAACUGCUGGCCAUCUACCUCCACAAUGAUGAAAGUGUCCUCGGCAAUGUCUUCUGCUCCCAAAUGAUGUGUGCUGACUCCAUCGUCUCCUACCUGAGCCAGAACUUCAUUACAUGGGCCUGGGAUGUCACUAAAGAAGCUAACAAAGCCAGACUACUCACCAUGUGUACGAGGCACUUUGGCAGUGUUGUGACACAGACUAUACGGACAUACAAGACAGACCAGUUCCCUCUGCUCCUUAUAGUCAUGGGAAAACGCACAUCCAAUGAAGUUCUAAAUGUUAUUCAAGGCAAUACGACAGUGGACGAGCUGAUGAUGAGGUUAAUGGGAGCAAUGGAGAUCUUCACAGCACAACAACAAGAGGACAUCAAAGAUGAGGACGAGCGUGAGGCAAGAGAGACAGUGAAGAGAGAACAGGACGAGGCCUACCGUCUGUCUUUAGAGGCUGACCGCAAAAAGAGAGAAGCCCAGGAGAGAGAGGAGGCCGAGCAGGUACGCCUGGAACAGAUGAGAAAGGAGCAGGAGGAGGAGAAGGAGGCAAUCCGCUUGUCAUUGGAGCAGGCGCUACCGCCAGAGCCCGAUGAGGAUUCAGGAGAGCAAAUCAGCAAACUGCGAAUCCGCACACCAAGCGGCGAGUUUCUGGAAAGGCGUUUCCUGGGAAGCUGUAAGCUCCAGGUCCUCUUCGACUUUGUGGCCUCCAAGGGAUACCCCUUUGAAGAGUUCAAGCUCCUCACCACCUUCCCUCGUAGAAAUAUCACCCAGUUGGAGCCGGGGUCAACUCUGCUGGAGGCCAAGUUGUUUCCGCAGGAGACGCUCUUUCUGGAGGCAAGAGAAUAGGCACUGGCCCUCUGCUAGCUGAGAGGACCGACUGACUGACUGACUGAUGAACUGGCUGGACACACACUAGUCACCGAGCAUGGGCCCUGCCAGUCUGGGCCUACAGUACACACAAACACACACACACACACACACACACACACACACCAACACCAACACACACACAGCAACACACAAAACCAUCCUCUCAGACGUAAAGAGAUACACUGGCAUGCACAUCCAGUGACACACAAGUGCAAGUAAGCUUCUCUGCCCUCGGCCUGGUCGUGGCACAUGAAUGCCUAGUGUACACGUGUUGCACAGAGGAGCAAAGACAGUAUCACAAGCACACAGCCAAACAUUCACCCCCCCUUUCCCCAAAAAAACUUCUGUCUCUCUUUCUCUCAACUCCUCUCACACAUUUCACACACUUCACGUUCCCAACUGCUGUCAUGGUUUUCUCUCACAACACAAACAACGCAGUACAAUAACAGCAUUGAAAGACUGAGAAGACAAAUCUUUGUCACAGGAAAAAGGAAAAAAACAAAACAUGGACUUCUUCCCCUUGUUUCCACAUUCAACACACCAAGGCUGCUUUUUCAGAACAUGGUUUUUGUGUUUGAAAUCUAAAAAAAAUUAAAUAAAAUAAACUGCAAGAAGAGAUGUUGCCUGGCAGAAGUCUGGGCUAUCUCAUCUCCACCUGUAUUUACCC